GUUCUUAUAAAAGGUAAGACCGCUGAGCAACCAACACACUGCGAUUUCACCGCUGCUUGAGGACAUUCGACAUGCAUUCAGUCAUGAAGUGUCUGUGCGUGGCCCUGCUGCUCGCCUUUGCUUCAUCAGUUAAGGCACAAGAUCGUGCCGAUGAAGAUCUGCGCCUCAUCGCUGCCAGAGUCACGCAGACGGCCAUCAUUUUAAGCACUACAACAACGGUAGUUCCAUCGACUUGCGCGUUGACAGUCAAUGCUGCGAUUUGUGGGGGCGGUCGAAGAAGAAGAUCCGUCAAAGGACUCAGCGUCCAUGAUGCAAGCUCUAAAAGUGAUUCGACUCUCGACGGGUCCAUCUCCGACGUCGUUGAGAAUGAAAGCAACGUCGACGGCGGUGACGCUAAGCUGCAAGUGACGUUGUGGACCCAGGUCUCCUCCACCUUCAUCGUCACUGCCACAUCCACCAACGCUGCCACCAAAUUCUCAGUGUCAUUCCAGUGUUCCCUUCCUGGUGUCCAGUUUCCGGCGAAAUGUACAUAGUCCCCCAAAUUUUCCGUCCGUGGAAUUGCAAUAUUUUCAUUUAUUUCACUUAUUAUUUUAUUUUGGCUACAAGUGAC